AUGGCCGUUGUUUCGUGUUUGGAUAUGUACUGUCUUUUAGUCAUAAUCACGCUAAGAUACUUUUUGGUGUAGUCAUCUCUGAACGGAUCGGCUUCAAGCUUUCAAGACAACACUGGGCGACCAUUUUCUGCAUCUUUUUCAACUCAAUCCGGUGCACCGUCUCCUGUUUUUCAUCAAAGUGGAUCUGUUCAGGGGCUCCACAACUUACAUGGUAGUUUCAAUGUCGCGGACACACUUGGAUCCCGAAAUCCAACAACCGCUAAUGUACCUUCAAGUGGGCUUCAACAACAAAGCGGAAACCUUUCUGCUGGAAGAUUUACAUCAAACAAUACGCCUGCUGCUCUUUCUCAGAUAGCUCAUGGCAAUUCAUUCAGUCAUUCAGGGCUAAAUAGUAGAGGUAGCUUGAGUGUUGUUGGAACCCUUGGGUUCAGCAGUGGUGCAAAUGCAAUUAGUGGUUCGAUUCCUGGAAUCCUGCCUACGACUGCAGCAAUCAGUAACCGUAAUUCUAUUGCGGGAGUCGGAGUCCCACCGGUUUUAGGAAAUCUGAGCUCCCGGAUCACCGGUUCAGCUGGAAACAUCGGCAGCAGUGGUAUCAUUGGAAGAAGCUUAAGUUCUGGUGGCGGUUUAUCAAUCCCGGGCCUUGCUUCUCGAUUAAAUCUAAACACUAGUGGUUCCGGAAAUUUAGGUGUGCAGGGAUCAAAUAGAUUAAUGGGCGGUAUGCUUCAACAAGCUUCCCCGCAUGUUAUGUCGAUGUUUGGAAAUUCAUAUCAUUCAGGUGGACCGCAUUCUCAAAAUCAUGUUCAAAACUCCAUGGGAAUGUUAAACGAUAUGAAUAACAAUGACGGUUCUCCUUUUGAUCUAAAUGACUUCCCUCAGUUAAGCAGCCGUCCUAGUUCCUCUGGAGGGGCCCAAGGGCAAUUUGGUUCGUUACGGAAACAAGGUCUUACGGUUAGCCCGAUUGUUCAGCAAAACCAAGAAUUCAGCAUCCAGAACGAAGAUUUUCCAGCCCUACCAGGAUUUAAAGGUGAUUGAACCUUUUAUAAUAAGAACAUUCGUUUAACAGGAUUUAUCUGAGGCAUUGGUGUAUAAAAUGUGAUUUUUUGGA